AUGUCGGCGAAAGUCAGUGAGCGCGCCGAGGAUGUCAGGGUGUCAGUUUCAGAGUUGCCAAAGCUGGAAAUCAAGGAACAUGAAAGGGACUUGGCUCCUCUUCUGUGGGGGGAUUGGUUGGCGAUGAUUAGCCCUGCCAUGAAGGAUAUUUCGUCCACGAGCAGCAUAUGGUGGUCCCAGGUUGUGGAUGCAGCAACCUCUUACUAUCAGCACUGGUUGAUGUGUGACCCGGUAGCUCGGCUUUCAUUGCAACCUUCGCAACCAUAUCGUUUUGAACACACCAAGUAUGCACGUGUUGAGCAGAGAGCUUUGACGAUGCUGUUGCGUGCCGUGCCUACAGUAAUCAAGGAAGAGUUGGGUGCAAAUCGGAAGUUGUCCUGCAUCGAUCUCUUAGCCUUGAUUCACACAACCUACCAGCCAGGUGGGCUGAAGGAACGUUCUGCGUUGUUGCGCUAUCUCACGAACCCUGACGGUUGCACGGAACCAGUAGCCGCACUUCGCAGCAUUAAACGGUGGUCAAGGUGGAAGCACAGAGCAGCAGAACUGCACAUCUCUACUCCUGAUCCUACCUUACUGUUAGGAGGUGUGGACAUGAUGGUGUCCAAGGCGUUGGCAUUGUACCCGGAAUCACAAUUUAGGAUUUCGUCCUACCGAUUCGCGAAGAGCAUAGAUCACCAGCCUACUGAGACCAAGGUUGUGGAGUUGGUGAAGUUCGUUCAGGGUGAACUUGAGACCUUGGUGGCUUCAGGUACAGUUCGGUCUAAGACGAAGCCGGACGGGGAUGCAGAUGCCGGUAAGCGUUUGAGGAUUGCGAAGGUUGAGGACAACGAUGCCAAAGGGAAGGGUAAAUCUAGAGAUGACGCUCCGAAGGGCACCGAGGGCAAGGGUGACGGCUACGGAGGUAGGCCAGGUAGCAAUGUAGAUGGAGAUGUCGUUGUUGGGGUUCGUGUGGUGUCGCUUGCUCAGGGUGAGGCCGAAGUUGAGGUCAAUCAGGCGGGUGUUGCCGUCCCUGCGGUCAUCCAAGCUGGUUGCCCCCGGGUCACGCGUUCGGUUGCGCUAGCUCUCAUUGAUUUCAUUGAGAAAACAUCCUUAGAGGAAGGGGCAGCUGUUGCAGAAUCGGCGGCUGCUGCGGCGGCCGGCCUGCGCUCCACCUUCUGCCUUGACUUUGUGACCGAGGCGACCGAGGACCUCUCCGACUACAAUGCCGUGCUGGAGACUCCGGAGAGCUACCGGCGAAGCGAUGUGCUUCGCACGCUGAUACAGAAGCCGGAUAUAUUCCGGCCGGACACCCGCGAGCAAGAAGUCGAGGACAUGGAGACCAUCGAGCGACAAGGCCCUCAACAGUGGAUGGAAUGGACGCUGCGGUGCGCAAGGUUGCAUCGAGCUCUAUGCCAUUCUGCUUUCCUUUGUGAGGCAGAGACCGGCAAAGCUUGUGAGAGGGGUUCCCUCCAACAAUGGUUUGAAGCCCGGAGGGUUUUGGGAGAAAUGCAGCCGGCCACGCGUCAGCGACAACUGGCUUUAAUGUCACAGUUGGCCGGCAUCCGGUUCGAUGCGAACCGCAGCCUGGCCGAGCAGAUCGUGAAGUACGAGGAGCUCAUCAAGGAGUAUGAGCGGGUGUCUGGCGGCACCUACCCCGACGAUCUGCGCAUAAGCUCUGUCAUCCAGGCUGCCCCCACCAACUUGCAGACCCAGCUCCACCUGACGAUGGACGAGAGCACCGACUACAAGGCCAUCCGCGAGAAGCUGUUGGCCUACGAGAGGUCCAGCACGCGCUGGCAACCUUCUUCCGGCUUCGCCCUCCCGGCCGUGACCACCCAGGGCGCGCUCAACCAGGGCGGCCCCACCGACAUGGAGAUCGACCGCGUGGAGAAGGGCAAGGGCGGCCACAAGGGCGGCCUUGACCCCCGGCCGUGGUACGACGCAACCCUCUACAAGGCCCGGACCACGCUCUACCGCACCAGUGGUGGGUUUUGGCUCCAGGUGGAAAACUCGGCCAACUACCUGUGCGAGAAGAACCCUUUUACUAUGGUGACCAAGACGCGCAAGCCGAGGAUCACGCUGAUCGGCAUGGACGCCUUCGAGGAGGGUUUCUUUCCAGAAGGAGGGGUGGCCCCCAAGCCAAGCGAGCUGGUGGUCGAGAGCCACCCACAGCCACAUCCGCCGACCACACCGGAGAACCAGCAGAACGACCCGCAGAACGUUAAGGAGAAGCAGCAGAACGACCCGCAGAACGCCAAGGAGAACCAGCAGAACGACCCGGCAGCCCAGACGAUGACAUGGGCACAGGCGAGCCAGGACUAUGUGGCGGCCAAUGCAGCGCAGGCGGUGGAGGGCAUAGACCGGCGAGACCCAGUACCACGAGGACAGCCAGAAGGUGCCCCAGAUGAUGCAGCAGUUGCCCUCCACAACCUCACGCACAUGCCUUUUGCGAGUUGGUGCGAGGCCUGCGUCCGCACGAGAAGCCGCGGCGACAGGCACAGCCAAGGAGCCAACAGGGAGGCGAGGCUUCCGAUUCUACAGGUCGACUUCUACUUUGCCUCGCUGGAGGAAGGCGGCGAGAGGCCAAACCCCGAAGGCGAGCAGGAGAACUGCAUACUUAUCGGCGUCGACCUGGCGACCGAGGAGAUCGUCAGGUUCACCCUGGCGCUGCACCAGGAGCAGGCGAUUAUCGUCCAAUCGGACGGAGAGCCCGCCAUCAAGGCGGUCGUGCGGGCCGUUGCCGCAGCAAGGGCCAGACUAGGCCGAAAGACCGUGCAGUCCAAUCGACCGGCAGAGCGCACGGUGCAGACCAUCAAGCGCCUUGGGGCCUGCAUGCUGCUGGGCUUCGAGCUGCAGAAGGGGAAGCUGGCGCCGGACACACCGCUGAAGCUGUGGAGCCAGUUCGGGGACACCGUCUACGGCCAGGUCUUCCGGACCAACAAAGCGAUCAAGGAGGGUGGCUUCGUUGGCUGGCCUUGGAACAAGGACUUCGUCGAGAAGCCGGACAGUGAGGCCGAGCAAGUGGAGAAGGCAGCCCGUGACCGGGCGGACGGCGGCAGCUCAGAGGAGUUGGAGAUGGCCAAGGGCAGCCAGAGCAGCGGCAGCGACAGUGGAGACGGGAGCCGCUCGAUCAGAAUGGUCGAGACAGUGGACGCGGAGUGGGCCGAACACGGCCCCGAGAUCGAGGCGGAGGUGGCUGACGACGGCCCGGAGACAGCCGAGGACCCGCCAAACCUCAGCAGCGAGGAGCUGGCAAUCCUGGAUGGUGCUGCAGUGGCAGGUGCCUGGUGCCGGGCACCUGCAGCUGCUAACCAGGGUGCGGUGACUCCUGUUCCUGCGAUGCCCGCCUUGGCUGGCAGGUUGGCGGUUUUGCCUGCAGGGCAAGCGCAAUGGGUUUUUCAAGCUGCUGCGCCAAGCGUCAUCUUCGAAGCCGUUGCAGAUCGCCAGGGCCUUUACACUUGCUUUGCAGACGGACAGGCGGCGGAGCCUGAAGUAGGCACUGCGAGGCGUUACCUAGGGCGUCCUUUCUGGAUGGUUCGCUUGCCACCAACUGUCAUGAAGCAUUUGAUGGAGAUAGGCAAGGAGUUCGUGGUUCCUGGUGGGCUUGUGACUUCUUUGGGGCACCAGUUGCCCGGAACCGUUCCUGCUGCGGCAGAAGGAAGCCCCAGUGAUGGUGCCGACAGUGGUUCCUCUUCCUCCUGCGAGAUGAAGAAAGUGCGCAGGCCGGCCAUGCAAGAAAUCCUGUUGGGAAAGCUCGCUUACAAGCUCAGCUCAACGGUAGGCAUUCAAGAUGUGGUUCGCACCGUCCUUCGAAUGUUAGUGCCAGAUAGUUUAGGUGGUGGGGCAGACAAGUCGCUGCGAAUUGUCAGGUACAUCAGUCCUGACAGUUCCCCGCAAGCGAAUUAUGAUUAUUUUUGUGCGACAGAAGAGUUGCUGCUCUAUCGUUCCGACGAGCUUCCAAGGGAUGCGGGUGGAAAUGUCCAGAGUAUUGUGGGCGCUCAAGCUUUGGCGAGCGAGGCAAUACAGGAGGAUUUUCGUGAAUUUCGGAUGGCGCACAUGGCGGACACGUGCAACAAAGUAUUUGUUGCCGUUAUCCAGCAAAAGCUUGCGUAUGCUCAGCAAGUACCAUGGGUGUUUGCCGCAGCGUUUGCGGGGUAUAUGGGCGAGACUUGGGGCCGAGUGAAAAAGGUUCUUCGGCCACAUCUUCAGAACGUUGACAACAUGAUCUCCAGUGGCCAAGUCGGCGCUCUAGACUCUGUUACACAUGCUUUGUUUGGACCAACCGACACAGGCCGCAUGCUCCGAGAGUUUCUGAACUCGGAGGAUGACGUGCCCCUUGAUCGAUGGCCAGCGUUGUUUUGGAGAGUACAGGAAUAUGCCUUUGUUUCUUUGUCCGAGCGACACACGGAGAGAGAGCAUGUCGGUGUCAAGGUUGCAGCAAACCGUGGUCUCACAAAGGCUGGGCCUGCAGUUGUCUGCAGCCGCAAGCGCAGAGAUCAAGUGUUGGAGAUGCUGGAAGAUGAGAAACAGCUCGCUUUCUUGGUCAACAAUUGGCGCAGCAGGCGCCUUUGGAGUAGCCUGCUGGAGCACAUGCUCACUCACGAAGAGGUUCGACUUAUGGACACGCCAAAGAGGCUUUCCCGCUUGUACGGGUAUAGCGAGGAAGACCACUUCAAAGAUUGCGAGGACUCUGUUCGUGCUGAUGCCGUUUACCGCCAAACUUUGAGAGAUCAGACUUUGUUACUGGCCGGAAGCUUCAAGCUUCCGAGUGCUUCCCACCAGGUAGUGAACUGGCUGAAAGGCCAUUUGGCGACGGGCGUGUUUUUCAGUGUGUCCACGCAUGUCUUUGAGCUACUUGUCGACAGGGGUCGGAGAUGUGAAGACCCAGCCGCAUCCUUCAGAACCGACGUGCUGCUGUCUAUUCUGCGAGCCGACGUCCACCCUCGGGUAAGUGAUCGUGCUUCGGUUUUCUGCUCGGUGCUGGAUGCCAGGCCAGAAGCAAGAACGGAUGCUCGUGUUUCGCGACCUGCUGCACACAUCACAGACCCGAAGCUAGGCCGCCGCAGCUGUGUGGUUGUGCAGCGUUUCCACGACGUGGAUGUUUCCCAGGGCGUGCACGGCCUUGGUGGAGAUGUGCGGGUGGCGUGCACGAAUGUGCGGAUCGAGGUUCUCGACUUGGCACGGGUGUGCACAGCAGAGAACUUGAAAGCCUUUUGUGCAAACUGUUUGCUCUGGCGUGCUAUGCCUGCGGAACUGGCCUUGGCUCUGGGAGACGAGUCCACGCAGCCAGGUUUGCUGCAGGAGCCGCAAGUGCAGAAACUUCCAGAGAUUGUCUUAGACAGCGAUCCUGCCUGCUUGUUGAGUCGACCGCCUCCGGAUCCGCAUGUGGAAGAUGCCCUCGACAUCCUGCACCCCCCUGCCCAUGUCGUGCAGAAUGCGGACGACUCUGCGGUGCUGCAGGUCUACGGUGCUCCGUGUAGCGACCGAGAAAUGCAAGCUAUCAAAGAGUUGCUGCGAGCAAGGGCCAUCGGCAUUGAAUCUGCUGUGUAUGCCACAGACCUUGAACACUUCGAUGCUGUUGCACUGGAAGGCUUGCGUGACCGAGGUCUUGUCAUCUGCGAGACUGAUAUGUUCUCAGAUGUAUCCGUCGCCUUGACGGGCAAGUUGACCUACAGUGCAAGCUUGGUGCUGGCACGGCCAUUGUUGCUUUGGGAGCUUGACCAAACGACUUUGACUCGAGGCCAGAUGCCAGGCCGAUCAAAGUUGGAGUUAAUUCGUUUGUUGUUUGUCUUGGGCUGGGAGCCAGGGCUGGGCCGGGAAGCGUGGCAUCGCAAGCAGGGAGAGAAACGUCUUCCAGAUGACGUUCUAGUUUGCAGCCUCCCCUUCCUCAGAGCUUUGAUGCUGAGUCGGCUUAUAUGGGAAAAGCCCGGCAACUUGUCGGGCAUUUACUUGAAAGGCCCCCAGCAGUAUUAUGAGUUCUUGGUGGAUCAGGACGAUCUCAGCAGCUUGCGGGAUGCUUCUGCAGAGGAAAUCAAUGCUCGGUUCGCGCAGAAGAAAAAAAGACCUGCUGGCCGCAGCUUGACAAGAGAUGCGGCUACAGGUCUGGAGCUUGACCCAGAGGCUGAUGAUGCCGAGUUAGAAGAGCUUGUGCAAGAGCUGCCUGAAAAGCUCAUGCAAGCAGAAGAGCCGCAGCCAAGCAUGGCCAGCGGUGGUAGACGUGUCGCUCCUCUAGAAAUCGACUUGGGAGGCGGCGGGCUGCUGCCUUUUUGCUUGCUUGGCAAAUGCGAGCAGCUCACCACCGCAGAGCUGAAGCUCACAUUGCGGUGGGUGCCGGUGGUCUACAACCAGUGGGGCGAGGCGCAGCUCCCACACCGGCCGCCUGCGCUGUUGCCGCCGCAUCCGCCGGCGGCGGCGGCCCCUUUUGCUGGCACGGGUGCAGCCCACGGUGCAGCCACAGGUGGCGGUGUUGCUGCUAACCCCUCGGGGGCUGCAGCAAUGCCGGCGCCGAAAAAAAAUCCUGGCCAGGUGGACCUAAGCAGCGAGGAUGACGACGAGGAGUCUGAGGAGGAGGAGGCGGCUAAGAAGGACGAGGACAAGGAGCCGGACUCCCAGUCGCGGAAGGAUGAUAUCGUGGUGGUGGACCACGACCAGGAGAAGAAGAAAGAAGAAAAGGGUGGCAAAAAGGAGGAGGCUGCUCAGAAGCGCAAGAAGAAGAAGGAGAGCAGCUCUUCCAGCGGAGGCAACAGUGAGUCCUCCAGCAAGAAAGAAAAGCCCCGUGCAGCCCCCGCUGCCAAGGAGGCCAAGCAGGCACACGAGGCCCAGGCCGACGAGAACGAGAGCGGCAAGGCCAAGGAGCCCAAGGAAGACAAGGAGGCGGAGGCGGCGGAGGGCGAGCCUGCAGCGCGGCCUGCGAGGAAGAACCGCAGCCGGCACUCAGCGGACGAGGCAGAUGUCGUUCGCUGCGAGCACUGCUGGAUGUGUGUGAAGAAAGAAGGCCUGCAAAGCCACCUGGAGAACAGCGAAUACUGCCGCCAGUGGCGGCUCCACGCCGCCGGCCAAAAUGUGGCCGGCCAAAAGCCUGCGGAAGAGCAGGCGAGCUCGGGUGCGUGCCAGUGCAGACACUGCUCACGGCAGUUCAUGCGCAGGUGGGACAUGCUGCAGCACUGCCUGGGCACGCACCCGAACUCCGACGAGGCUAAGGAAUGCUUGCAGGCCAUGCACAAUAAGCGGAAGAAGCAGCCAUCAAAGGAGGACCGGGCGGCUAGCAUGAGCCAACACAGGCCGCCGGUGCAGCUGCGGAGCAGGGGGCGUGUGGAGGAGCCGCCGCACAGACGUGGCCCGCGGCGUGAAGAGAGCCGAGAUGAUGAUGGCAGCCGUGGGCGGCGGAGAAGCCGUGGUGAGAGCCGCCAGAGCCGUGGCCAGGCAAGCUCUCGAGGCGGCGGCCAGGCAAGCUCUCGGGGGAGCCGCAAAGGCGGCGGCCAGGCAAGCUCUCGAGGGAGCCGCAAGAGCUCCCGCGGCAGCGAGCACAUGGACCGACGCUUCUCGGGCCGCUCCCGCAGCCGCAGGGCGGGCGAGCGAGCCUGCGGCAAGCUCCGGCCGCCGUGGGCGCGAUUCGCGGAAGGAGCCGACAGGGCAGCUAGGCCGCAGCAAAUCAUCGCCAAGGGAUCGGGCCAUGGUGGCGGGUCAGAGCCAGAGCCCUCAGAUCCCCCAGAUGAUGCUGGCCUUUUUCGAUGCCACCACGAAGAUGCUGGACAUGCAGCAGCAGUAGUCCUAACAUCGAAGAUUUUUGGGCGAGAGGAAGAAUCCUGGGCCUGGUGUCCUAAGAUCCGUGCGAUCCUGGACCCAGAGCCCUAA